AGCUCAUAAUAACAGCUUUCAAGUAAACGUAACAGUGAGUUACAUACAGAAAAAAAGACAAAACCUCUUGUGAAAAUUCUUUAUGUUCACAAGAUUCAAGUUCUACUAUGGCAACCAAGUGCAUGCACGUUUUUGAUAGAUUGCUUCUUUGGUUUGCCACUUGUUGGAAGAAAAAUAGCACACUAACAGGCAGAAGAAAAUUCCACAAGGAUGUGGAAAAAGAAGAUUUCCAGUAUUCAACUACUCAAUGUCUCUCAUCCUAUUACAGUGUCUUUGUUGUUCGCCUAGCAAUCAUGGUUAUGCUAGCUAUCUUGAUUGGUCUACUCACUAUCCUAACAUGGCAUUUCACAAAGAUUUAUACAACGAAGUCUCUAAAUAGUUUGGCUUACGACCUGCGUUACGAACUUCUGCAACGUCCCAUCUUGAGGAUGUGGAAUAUUUUGAACUCUACUGCUGAAAUCACAACUGCUCAAGUUAAGUUGUCUGAGUAUGUUAUCAGAAGCCACGGUAACCUAGCCACUCAAGCAGAGCAAGUUGAGAUGUAUGAAUCCAUGAGGGCUGUCACAUGGGCACUGUUUGCUAGUCGAAAAGCUCUCAACUCGAUAACUGUCAAGUAUAGGAAUGGUUUUGUCCAAGCAUUUCAUAGAGACUUGAAGGAUAAUAAUAUUUUUUACAUCUACACUGAUCUUUCAUAUAAUGAGACCAAUUCAUUUGCAGCACAUGAAGACACUAAUAGCAACAAGUCUGCGAUUUGGUACCGGGAACAGCUUGAUCCUGUCAAUGGCGAGAAAAUUGGAAAAGCAAUGAAGAUUGCACCAGAAGACUCAAUAAGUAUAGCUGGCCUGUCUCAAGUACCUGACGGUGUAGCUUCGUGGCACGUUUCUGUGGGCAAGUUUACAGAUUCACCGUUACUUUCAGCAGCAUUGCCAGUUUGGGAUUCUUCUAAUAAAAGCAUUGUUGCGGUUGUGGGAGUUACAACUGCACUUUAUAGUGUAGGGCAGUUAAUGAAGGAACUAGUUGAUAAGCAUAGUGGUCAUAUGUAUUUGACCUCUCAAGAGGGCUAUUUGCUUGCAACUUCCACAAAUGACCCUCUACUUACAAAUUCAACAAAGAAACCUAAGCUUAAAAUGGCUGUUGACUGUGAUAACGAAGUAAUAAGAGAGGGAGCGAUGUGGCUAAAGAAAACAUACGAGAACAAUUUCCCUCCAAGUCAUGAAGUUCAUGAAGAGAAUGCCAGGCUAGGUCACCAGCAAUAUUACAUUGACUCAUUCUUCCUAAUCUUGAAAAAGCUUCCUUUGGUGGGUGUAAUAAUCAUACCAAGAAAGCAUAUCAUGGGGCAGGCAGAUGAAAGAGCAUUUAAAACAUUGGUUAUUCUGAUAUCUGCAUCAUUGUGUAUUAUUGUCAUUGGAUGUGUUUGCAUUUUGAUAUUGACAAAUGGAGUAUCAAAAGAAAUGAAUCUAAGAGCAGAAUUAAUCAGUCACCUAGAAGCAAGAAGGAAGGCGGAGGCAUCAAGCAACUAUAAAAGCCAAUUUCUUGCAAAUAUGAGUCAUGAACUGAGGACACCGAUGGCAGCAGUAAUCGGAUUACUUGACAUUCUUUUGUCGGAUGAUCGUCUCACAAAUGAACAAUGUGCAACUGUUACUCAAAUAAGAAAAUGUUCAACCGCAUUGCUCCAUUUACUCAAUAACAUCUUGGAUAUAAGCAAGGUGGAAUCUGGAAAACUUGUCCUAGAAGAGGCAGAAUUUGACUUUGGAAGGGAACUUGAAGGGCUUGUAGAUAUGUUUUCUGUGCAAUGCAUUAACCACAAUGUAGAAAUUAUUUUAGACCUUUCUGAUGACAUGCCAAAGCUAGUUCGGGGAGAUUCUGCGAGAGUGGUUCAAAUUUUUGCAAAUUUGAUCAAUAACUCAAUCAAAUUUACUCUAUCCGGUCACAUUAUUCUGAGAGGAUGGUGUGAAAAUCCAAAUUCUUACGGUGAUAGUGAAAAUUUUACCCUGGAGCAGAAGCCAUUCGGAUGUUCUCGGAAGACCAAAAUGAAGCAGCAUGAGAACCAUUCAAAGAAGGCUUCUAAUAUUGAUAACAAAAUGAUACUUUGGUUUGAAGUUGAUGACACAGGCUGUGGUAUUGACCCGAGUAAAUGGGAUUCUGUAUUUGAAAGCUUUGAGCAAGCUGAUCUAUCAACUACUAGACUGCAUGGAGGCACUGGUCUUGGUCUUUGCAUUGUUAGAUCCUUGGUUAAUAAGAUGGGUGGAGAAAUCAAGAUUGUCAAAAAGGAAGGCCCAGGAACACUAAUGCGAUUAUACAUGCAACUCACCGCACCCGUGGAUGCCACAGAACAACAUUGUCAAGUCGAUUUUGCUAACAAUAACUUAAUGGUACUUCUUGCACUGCAUGGCAACAUGAGUAGAUUAAUUACAUCUAAGUGGUUACAGAAAAACGGCGUGCUCACUAUGGAAGCAUCUGAAUGGAAUGGAUUAACACAAAUUCUAAAAGAACUAUUUGAAGCAAAAACUUCAACUCAUAACAACGACUUUGAUACUCACUUUCCAGCUCCGGAGGGUCUGAAUUCUAAAUUUAUUAGCAUACAGGAAUUGCCAAACCCAACAUUUGUCAUUGUUGUGGAUAUUGAUCUACUAGACUUGAGCACAGAUAUAUGGAAAGAACAACUUAACUUCCUUCACAAAUACUACGCGCGAGCGAAAUUCGUAUGGUUACAAAACCAUGACUCGUCCAAUACCGUAAAGACGGAGCUUCGCAAGAAAGGACAUAUACUAACUGUCAACAAACCUCUUUACAAAGCAAAGAUGAUUCAUAUUUUGGAAGACGUCAUAAAGGAAAGAAACGUUGAAGUACAAAAGAAAAAUAUGAAAGAGGAUGAUUUGCAUGAGAGUCUUGAGAUUGAAUAUACUCAUCAUUGUGAUGUUGCAAGCUCAGAUGGUUCUGACAUAUCUGAAAUUGGUAGUUCUAAUCUUGUAACUGCCAAUGGAGAGAAACAAAGAGAAGAGGUAGUUAGAAUCAAUCCAUCAUCACUAUACCAGAAAAGUAACUGCUUAUUAGGAUUAAGUAAUGGAUACAUGGAACAUAAAGAAGCAUUUAUUUCAACAAGAGCAAAAGGUGAAGAUUCUAAAGGUGGUGAAACAAGUAGGGUUAGUGGUUCAAGUAAAGCUAUGAAUGGAAAGAAGUCUCUUGAAGGUUUGAGGAUAUUGCUUGCAGAAGAUACAGCAGUAAUUCAAAGGGUGGCAACCAUAAUGCUUGAAAAAAUGGGAGCCACCGUUGUUGCUGUAGGCGACGGACAACAGGCGGUGGAUGCUCUAAAUGGCAUGCCUGGUGUUGAAAGAAACACAAUAACAUCUCAAACUGAGAUUCUAAGUUUCCCUUCAUAUGACUUGAUCCUAAUGGAUUGUCAGAUGCCAAAGAUGGAUGGAUAUGAGGCAACAAAAGAAAUAAGGAAAUCAGAAAUUGGAACUUCAUUCCACAUUCCAAUCGUCGCUCUUACGGCUCAUGCAAUGUCAUGUGAUGAAGCCAAAUGUUUAGAAGUGGGCAUGGAUGCUUAUUUAACCAAGCCAAUUGACUUUAAGCUGAUGGAGUCUACCAUUCUUUCACUCACAAAGAGAGAAACCUUGACAUCUUAACAAUGAUGAUGCUAACUAAAGAUUGGUCCUGUAUAGCUUAUAAAAUAUAAAUGGAAAAAGUUCUCACCUCCCAACAUGAGUUCGAAUGUAUACAUCUAUAAAUAACACUAAUUUUGUGUCGUCCGGAAGUGUACUUCUGAACAAAUUUUUUUCGUACAAAUGUAUAUUUCUAGAAACAUACAAAAUAUCAUCAUAAAGAAAAAUGUCUUAACACUUGAAUUCCA